AUGGCCUAUUCUCCGGCUUCAUCCGGCGACCAUCAAAAGGACAGUGGAGUAGAGAUAAUGGAGUUGAGCAAGGGUUUAGAGAGAAUGAUUGAAGACGUAGAAAAUCUAUCAGUUAUGUUGUCUUAUUAUGGUAAUCUCUACCAUUUGAAUGUUGUAGGCUGUGUACUUUUCGAAUCAUUUUACAUCUAGGUUUUCUGUAUGAUGACGUAGGUAGCUAAAGCUGUUAUUUUCAGAAAGGAUUAAGGAAAAUUAAACCCUAACUCCCUAUCGCCCUAUCGCCCUAUUGUCCAUUUACUACCCACCCUUUAAUAUUGCAUUUUAAAAAGUUAAUGGGUGUGUGUAAUUCAUUUAAAAAUUCUGCCUUGUGUUUUAAAUCAUACUCAGUACAGCCCACUUCUGACACUGACAGCCCUGUCCCUCUUGUCUCCCUUGUGGUUUCCCAGUGCAGCUGACAUGGAUGGCCUAUGACAUGGUGUUGCAGUGGACCAGUCCUGAUCUGGGGGACUCCCUACAGAGGCUGGAGGAAGAGUUCCUCCACUGCAGGGCUGUCAUCUGUGGCUUCCCUGGGGAACAGGAGCCGAACCAGGGACAGGGACUGGGAAAGGACCAGGGGAUGGGGAAGUGGAAGUGGAUGGAGGAGUGA